GCAGAUGUAUUCCGGUCUCCUGGAGGACUCAGUCCUGACUGAGCAGCAGAAGCUACGCCAUGUGUUGGACUGGGCUAAGAGUUUCCUCGGGAGCAGUCAGGAUGGGCACAAUCUCCGCAGAACCUCCCCUUCCUCCCCACGUUUGUACUCUACUUCAGCUGCGCCUCGACUCGAGGUCGGUGGAAGAGCUGCUGUCUCCCCCAUUGGAACCUUUCACAAUCUUGUCAGAAGCAGAAGUGUGAGAGAAAAUAUGGUAGGCCAAUCAGAGCCUCUGACCAGGCUACCAUACACCACCCCACUGCCCUGCCACACUCUCUCCCACACCCCAGGUGGCCGUGAGUUUUCUGGGCCUGAGUUUAAAGAGAACCCUGGGUAUAAGGAGCUGGUCCUGUCCUCUGGGCCACAAGAGGAUAACAAUGACCAACCACGUUUCCUUGGUCUAGACAACCCUCAGGCAGACCAGACUACCCACAAACCAAUAGCUCCUCAUCCUGAGGGGAGAGAUGGUGUUUCCAUCAGUGAGAGCCUAAGAGACAGAGACAGUACCCUUACAACCUGUUGCUCCUCAGUGGACAGUGACACUGUCCUAUGGUUGCCUGGAUAUGGUCCUUUAUCCAGAGCCCAUGACCUCAUAUCAAGGGAAGGGGGUUGUGGAGAGAGAAAGGACAGAGUUUUGGGAAUGCAGGAACACGAAGAGGAGAAGGCGGCGGUGGUGGAGGAGGAGGACCCAAAAACAGGCCUUGAGGGAACCAGUAGGAUCAUACCUUAUGGAUCCUCUAGGGUCGCACUAGAGGGUGAACAUCUAGAUUGGGGAGCCAACGGCUGGGUGUCAGAGGGCCUGAGUGUGUAUGAGGAGUAUCUGCUGUGUGUGUCCUGUUUGGACCACCUCAGAACAGAGCAGAACCAAGCACCUGCUGACGUCAUGACCCUACCUGCUGACAUCAUGACCCAACCUGCUGACGUCAUGACCCUACCUGCUGACGUCAUGACCCUACCUGCUGACGUCAUGACCCUACCUGCUGACGUCAUGACCCUACCUGCUGACGUCAUGACCCUACCUGCUGACGUCUUGACUCUACCUGCUGACGUCAUGACCCUACCUGCUGACGUCAUGACCCUACCUGCUGACGUCAUGACUCUACCUGCUGACGUCAUGACUCUACCUGCUGACCAAACGGCUGACCCCUCUGAGCAACCUCUGAGUGCUGAGCUGGUGGUUGCUAAGCAACAUGUCCAUCAGGACAUCCACAACGAGGGGAGGCGUGCACCAUUCAAGAGUUCAGAAGUGAAGAACGGUAGAGUGAUGCAGCCCAAGAGCAGUGGAGGUCAACCUGGUGUCAGGAGUCAGGCUCGUGUCAGAGGUCGCGGUCAUUCCUGGAGGUUCUGGGAAAGGUCAAGCCUCUCCUGGUCAUCCUUCACUCAUGGAGAAGUGUUGCCACGGUCCCAGCUCCCCAACAGACCCCACUCAGCAGGUGUAGUGUCUAAACAGACAUCCCCAUCUGAAGGUUCCUGUUCUGGACCCAGACCACCAGCAGCUCUUCAGCUCCCUCUGGGCAGUGCUGUGAAUACCAAUGCAACUAAUAUUCCUGUGACCAGGGCUCUCAAACUGGCACCUGUAGGGGGCAGUGUACAGUGGCUGUCUCUCCCUGAUGAGGUAUGGGUGUCCAUACUGUCACUCCUGCCACACAGAGAUCUGUCUACAGUGGCCCAGGUCUGCCUCCACUUGCUCCGACUGGCCAAUGACCACACACUAUGGCAGGUUGUUAGUGUGGAGAACAGCUCAUCUUUAACUGACCAAUGGCUGAGCAGUGUGGGUGGGCGUAAUCCUCGAAGCCUGACUAUCUACAGGUGCAGCGGACUGUCAAUCACCCAGAGCGGGCUAGAGGAGUUUUUCAAACUAAGUCAAGCCUCUCUGGAGGUGCUGAGUGUGACAAGCUGCAGUGGGCCUGGUCUCCAUGGUGACCUGGUGCUGACUCUGAGUGGUCAACACUGUGAUCACAUGACCUGUGUGGAUGUCAGCUGGAGCAGAGCGACUGACACGGGCAUCAAAGCACUGACUGACACCUGCACUGGCCUGAAGACUGUUGUUCUUAAUGGUUGCCAAGUUACAGAUGAAGCCCUGAAUGCCCUUGUCAUAAGAUGCAGAGACAGUCUGCGCAGGUUGGAGGUGUUUGGCUGCCUGUCUAUCAGUCCCUCAUGUCUGAACACAGUGUCAGAGUUGUGUCCUGGGCUGGAGACUCUGAACAUCGGCCAGAUCCCUAAGGUCACUCACCCCUAUCUGACCCUGGUGACGUCACGACUCAAACGCCUUCACUCCCUUAACCUGACUGGACUGCACGCAGUGAGUGAUCAGACAGUUCAUCAGGUCCUCCUGCAGUGCCCUGACCUCCAGCGGCUGACCCUCAGCUCCUGCCCUGGAGUCACUGACAUGAGCCUGCACAAGAUCAGCACCCACGCUCCCCACAUCAGGUUGUUGGAUCUAAGUGGCUGCGGUAAGGUGAGUGAUGCUGGUGUUAAGGCUGUAGCUGUGGCCUGUAGAUGCCUGCAGUACCUGGACCUGAGCUCCACCGCCACAGGGAACAGAGGGGUGAGCCUGUUGGCAAAAUAUUGCAGCACUCAUCUCCACACUGUCAAACUGAGCUUCUGCCAGAUCAGCCCAGAGGCCAUCCACAACCUCAGCAGGCAGUGCAAACGGUUGAAGCUACUGCAUCUCUACGGCUGUGCCUACAUCCCUACUGAGAAGGAGAUCAGAGACAUCAACCCCACUGUUACACUCUACCCGCUGACUUGAUACACACACUAGAGCGUUGGGCCAGUAACCAAAAGGUUGCUGGAACGAAUCCCUGAGCUGACAAGGUUGAAGCUACUGCAUCUCUACGGCUGUACCUACAUCCCUACUGAGAAGGAGAUCAGAGACAUCAACCCCACUGUUACACUCUACCCGCUGACUUGAUACACACACACACAGACACACUUUAUUGUUGAAAUUGGUAACACAUCUGACAAACUCAUUCACAGUUACCACAGAGGCAUGACUUUGUAAAUACAGCCUGUGUGAUAUAAAGAAGAAUGAAGAGUGCAAACAGCACAAGUGUGUCAAGGGCCUUCCUUCCAUCACCUCCUUCAUACAGUGAUGUGUUGUCAGGCAAGCUUUAUCCAAAUGACAUCUAUCUAGUCAAGGUACAAAUAUUUUGUAGAUUUGUUAUUUCUUUUUUCAUAUGCUGAUUGUUAGUGAAAGUUUCCCAUUAUCUAGAGGUGGCAGGUAGCCUAGUGGUUAGCGCGUUAGACCUGUAACGGAAAGGUUGCUAGAUCGAAUCUGAGCUGACAAGCUACUCAUUUGUCGUUCUGCCACUGAGCAAGGCAGUUAACCCACUGUUCGUUGUAAAAUUAGAAUUUGUUAUUAACUGACUUGCCUAGUUAAAUAAAAUAUAAUCUAGCUGACAGAAAGGGGUCUCUAGGCUAUCUCUAUGGAAACACAGUUGUUUUUGCUUGUUUCGUUUAUUCAACCUAUUACAGGUAAUUAUGUAACUGCGCUUGGCCGGGAACACAGUUCUUGUUUGUUUUGUGCCUGUUCUCGAAGUUGAGAGGCCAAGAAGUAACCCGCGUCAGCAGCCGUCCACCGCACCUCUCACCACCUGUGUACCUGGCAAGACACGCGCGGCAAGGGGACUGUCACAGUACCGCAGAGGACGAAAACAAGACUUGAUAAAUGAUACGAGGACGAAGGACGACACAUUAAUACCGUUAGCCCAAAGUGGUCGAAAUCCUGGAGA